CACGUGAUGACCGGACGCGCAUGUCGUCGCGCAGGUGUCGUGUCGUCUGUGAUCAAGACCGAGCGGAUAUCCGAAUAUUGGUGUCGGGUAUCCGCGGUGACCGCAAUCCGCACUUUUUCCUCGUGGAAAACCGAAAAAACGAAGAAUGUCCUUGCUUGCUCUCGUUUCGCUCUGACGGUACUCACCUGGAUUACUUCAACUCGUCGAUUCGUCAUUGCUUGCCUUUUUAGGAUGUCCGUAACCGAGGAAAGGAUUCAGGAGCUGAACAUGUGUUUCAUGGAUUUUAUGAGCAAGCCGGAGAACGUCGAAGCAGCUACAAAGGAGAUUUACGAGGAUUUGUUAGACGAGGUUCUGAUGGGUUUCGUUUUCGAUGUGCACCGCACAACUAAGACUGGCAGUUCCGAUAUCGAAGAAGGCAUUCCCGAUGACAAGUCUUAUGCUAUUGUCGAUUCGCCUGGCUUAGACGUGUUCGGACAGCACCCAAUGAAGAAAUCUCAGGAAUGCAAUUGUCCGAAUUGCGAACGUGGUGUGGCGGCCUGCAGAUUUGCUACUCAUCUGGCAAAAUGUAUGGGCAUGGGUAGAAACAGCUCACGUAUCGCAUCGCUUCGCAUCGCAAACAACUCCAAGGACAUGAACAACUACGGCGGUGUGUUGAGCGACGACGAUGACGACGUCGACUGGAGCCUGACCAACGACGGCGGCAAUAAGCGCAAACGUCCUCGCAAGGACCGCAACGGUGUAAACAAGCGUUUGAGCAAGCAGCAGAAGCAACAGGGCAGUGCUGGCGCCAACGCCGGUGGUAGCGGCUCACAGAGGAACGGCGAGAACGCCGUUAUCGGCGGCGGCGGCGGCGGUGAACAUAACGUGCACAGCAGCAACGAGAGCUCGCCGUCGAACUACGAGAACAUGUCGCUUGUGGACAAACGGGCGUUGCUUACGCAGAUCUGCGGCGUUGUGUCCGAACACACGAAAAAGUUGUGCACUAGAUCGGUACGCUGUCCUCAACACACCGACGAACAGCGUAGGGAGAUACGCGCCAAUCUAGAGUCCAACGGCCAGGACAGUCUGCAUGUCGACGUAGACACAUAUGAGGAAAACGACGGUCAGAAUCUGCGGGACACGCUGACGAGGUGGGAUCGGGAAGGUUCGAGUCACUCCAGUCCAGCCGACUCUGCCUCGACCACGUCAACCUCGUCGAUCAGCCGGAAACGGGAGACCAAAUCCAAGGGCAAGGGGAAGGCCUUGUCGAAACGCGAUCGCGGUUCCCCGAUCUCGCAAGGAGACUGAGAGGGGGAGGGUCGAUCUAGGACUGUUUCUCGCUCUGGGAGUGUUCUUCGGUCCAGGCUCACUCUUCGGCGGCAGAGAAAUAUUGUACGAUAAUGUUCCUACGAAUUGUACAUAGAUUAAAGGGAGAUAAUUUCUUUCGGACGAUUGCA